AUGACCCCAGAAGAACAAGAAGAGCUACAUGAGCUCGAGAGAGAUGUCCAAGAAAUCUGUCGAGUAAUGGAUAAUGAGAAGGAUAUCAGAAAGGAAUUCGAGGAAGAAUUUCUGAUGCAAUGGAGCUUCCAAGAGGAGAAGCAAUACAAGUCGAUCCAAGCAUCAAUCCAAGCCUAUUAG